AUGGGGGUGGAGGAGGCGCCGCGUCUAAUGAGGGAAGCGGGUGUGGUGUCUCGCCUGGAGGACAUUGGCUGCUCCGUGCUGGACUAUGGGGAUCUGGAGUUCGCCGAGGCCCCCCAGAGAGAGGGGAAUGGGGGGCUGCGGGGGCUGCGGGGGCUGGGGGGCCGUGGGUCGCAGCAGCUGGCGCAGGCGGUGAGCCGGGCGGUGCAGGACGGGAGCUGCUGCGUGACGCUGGGUGGAGACCACACCCUGGCUAUCGGCUCGGUGUCGGGCUACAUGCGGGAGCGGCCCGACUUGUCCGUGCUGUGGGUGGACGCUGACGCGGACGUCAACACGCCGCUCACCACCCCCACGGGGAACCUGCACGAGCAGCCCGUGGCCUUCCUGCUGCGCGAGCUGCAUGACGAGGUGCCGGCGCUGCCCGGGUUCUCGUGGCUGUCGCCCUGCCUGCUGGCGAGGGACCUCGCCUACAUUGGGCUCAGGGACGUGGACCCCGCUGAGAGCGUCAUCCUCAAGUCGCCCGGGAUGAGACACUUGUCCAUGGACCUGCUGGGCAUCCAGAAGGUGGUGGAGAUGGCGCUGGAUCAUCUCAUGCCCAGAUGCCGCAGGCCGCUCUACCUCAGCUUUGACAUCGACGCGUUCGACCCGAGCGUGGCCCCCGCCACGGGGACCCUGGUGAGGGGGGGGGGGCUCACGCACAGGGAGGGGAUCUUCAACGCUGAGGAGGUGCACGCCACGGGCUCGCUGGGCGCGCUGGACCUGGUGGAGGUGAACCCGCGCGUGGGCGGCGGCGGCGAGGGGUGCGACGCGGUGGUGGCCACGGUGAGCCUGGGAGUCGAGGUGGUGCUCUCCUGCCUGGGCCGCGCGCGCGGGGGCUCCCACGCCCCCUCGUACUCCCUGCCGGUCCGGGCGAGGCCCCCCCACUCGGAGGAAGAGAAGCACGGGCACCAGGCGCACGUUGCCGACCCCUGGCCCAAACGGACAGAGCAUCCAGUCAAGUAG